AUUUCCGUUUAUAUCAUUUCACUCUAUUCAAUAUAUCUCUGUUAUCCGAUUUUUCUUAUUCCAAUCAAUUGAUCAUGUCAAAAGUCACCAUUUGUUGUGUUGUUGUUUCAACGGUUGCAAAAUUUCCCAAUAUUUGCCAGGAGCUGAUUCGUGAGGUUGCAUGAUCUUUAGUGAGAGAGAGAGAAAAAAAUCAGCAAUGUCUGAACAGCCCUCUCCCAAGCUAGUCGCCACCGUUACGGAAGAAACGGCGUCAGACACCUGUUGCAAGAUCGUGUCAGCAAUAGCCCGCGAGGCCGGUUUCACGUCGACAUACCAAUCAUCCUUAUACGCCUUGUCCGAUGUUUUGGCAUUGUAUAUAGAGAAACUUUUCAACCUCUCUCAUGCAUACGCUGAACUCGGCAAUCGAACCAAACCCAACUUCAAUGAUAUAGCUCGCGGCUUGGAGGAAGCAGGACUUCGUCUUUCCGAUUUCGAGGAAUACUUGAACGGGUUGAAGGAUCAAGGAAUAAUAUCCAAUAUCUCACCAGAUGAACUACAGCCUUUACCUUCAGGCGAGACCACCGUUGAGCCCGUGCCUGACUUCUUACCUUCCGACAAUGAAGAUGACGACGAAGAUCGGCCUGAUGAAGUAGAUGAUAGCACUUCAGCACCCUAUGUACCACCACACAUGCCCAGAUUUCCUAGCCGCCACUCGUUCAAGCAAACACCUGUUUACGUAGGACGGCCAGAAGAUCAGCAAACUGUCAGAGAAUUGACGUCUCAGCAGUCGCGGUUAGUGGAAGAUAACUUGAAGCGUUUCAAUACCGCCAUGGAGUCGCAUGUUUUGCAGAAAUCCGCGGCCCAAGUAUCCAACGCCACCAAGCCAAUUGCACCUAUUGUCAGCUAUCAUACAGUUAAGCAACGACGAAGGCGUUUGACAGAAUUAGGAGUGUCAGGAUUGACUAAAGUGGAUACCCCGACCAACAUGGGAACUCUUAAUGAUGCUGACGCUUUUGUGAAGCGAAGACGAGUGAGCGAUGUCAGUGGAUAAAAAGACA